UAACAACCAGUGUAGCCCUGCAGUAGAACAAAACACUCCCCCCACUGACGGAAGUGGAACCUCGCGUACACCAGACAGAGAUGACCGGAUGUGCAAGAGAAAACCUCUGCUUAGGGGGCGUGGCCCGUCUGACUUCACAUCUCGGAAAUGGCAAAACCAGCGAAUGAGCAGUUUCCGUACCCGCAAUGCCGACGACAAACUCGCUGUAAUUGGCUACCCGUUCCAGUUCUGUUUGUCUCUGGCCCCGCCACCAGAAAUCGGGGACUACGAAGAGGACUAUGGGAAACCGCUCAUCGUGCUCUCUACAGAACCUGCGGUGCCCACAUUGGGCAGACCAUACUCGUUAUCCCAGUACCCAACAGCCAAGCACUUCAUAGGAAGACACCGCUUCCUUCAGGAGAGAUACGGCGACAGAACUUGUACGCAACCCUUCCUCCCUUUCCUGGUGAAGGAGGUAUCUCCCGAGGUAGAUGCCCUGAGGGAUGUAGAUCAUCUGAGAUGGCUGAGGAACCGUCGAGGAUGGAAGCCAGGGAGACGACAGCAGCGCGGGGAGCGGAGACCUGUCCCGGAAAAACUAUCUCCCCUAGAUGGCCUGGAGCUCAAUAUGGCGCGUCCACGAGAUGAAAAAGAGGAGGAUGAGGAAGCGUUGAAUAGCACAGGUCUUGGUGUGCCGAAGGUCAAGGCUGGGGCUGUACUGAUUGAGGGAAAGGUCAAAGGUUGUGACCACAGGCGUGGGUGCGGUCGCCCAGUUGGAUUUACACUGCUCAGACAAAUCCCCAGGACCAAGAUGACCGCCCCCCUCGCCAAAAUGCUUAAGCGAAAGUCCACCUGUCACCGCUGGACUCCGCCCCACUCCUCCACCAAGGCCGCUCCACGACGCGGCUCGCAGAAAGGGGGCGGGGCUUCAGAUCACGACAAGGAUUGCGAAGAAGAAAGACCGCCCCUUUUGCCAGUGUCCCUUUCCCGACCAUCGUUAUUAAGGAAACCGUAUAGCCCGCUUGUAGAGGAGGAUGAGAUUGGUCAAGCGUAGAGGGGAAACCUGUCAAUCCGAGUUAUAAAACCUAAGUCUUGUGUGGAAUCACGGGCUCGUCAAUUUUUCGGCAUCAGGAGUUUGGGUAUCAUCUUAAAUCUUGUUCAUUUGUCUUGAUUUCCAUAAAAAGAAAACACACAUCCUAUCUUAAAGAGAAGUCAAUAGAUUUCCAAUUGAAGGAGGUUGGUGGGCCCGCGGGGAGGGGGAUUGGGGGGGGGGGGGGGGUCGACUGGUUUCAGAGGUAAAAUUAGCGAGAAAUUUUGGCCGUCAAAGUUUGGUGACUGCCAAAUUCAGUUAAGUCCACAUAUAAGGUAAAUAUGUUUUCAAAUGGACAUUUGAGGUAAAAGAAAGAAAAUCCGGAGGAUAAAAAAGAUUGUCCAACGGCCAUAGAAGUGCAGAUUUCUUUGAUUUCAUUUUUUUUACGAGCGCCUUAUUUCACCACAAUGCUUUACCUAUUAUUUGCCCUUGGAUCUGUAUAGAUUUAUGCCUGCUUUUAUCGCAGUGUAAGAAAUGCAACGUUAUUAAUUUUCAGCAAAAUUUAAAAUUGAACAAAAGUUUGUUGAGUGUACUUACUUACUUUGUUGGAAAAUAGGCAUCAUUGCAGGCGGCACA